CUUUCAAUAUACUAGGAAUCAUGAUGAUAAGAACUUAAUCAUAUAAACAUGGAUAGAGCUAUCUCAUAAGCUCUACUAAAAGACAACCGUCACCAACAUUCCAACGUGCAUUUUUAUGCCUAUCAUCUUUUACUAUUAGUAAGUUGUAAUGUAUUUAUCUUUUGCCGGGUUGAUUGUAAAAGUGCGCAAGCUUGGCGAUGGUAAGGACGACUGCGUUUUGUUGUCCAGUGAUGUGAUGGGUUUCUUAGAAUGAUUGGCAUCAGUGAUGGUAUCCACCGUUGUAACUAAUGCCAGAACGUUUAGGUGGAUAGUUAUAACCUCACUUUAUUUGUUUACAUACAACUGCGAGUGCAACUUUGUGUUUUAUCGUCCCUAGUUAAAUUAUGGAAUGGAAGCGAAAAUUAUCUGCUGCCCUUGCGGCGGUAAUAGCUAUGUGCAGCUCAGAGGAAGUAUCUAGCUCCGAUGAAAGUUAUUCAAGUGAUCCUGAUUCUGUAGAUGAACAGCAAAGUAAAAAGGCUAAAAUAACCGACUAUAUGACAAUUAUACAUCAAUACACAGAUACAGAUUUUAAGUCACACUUCCGUUUGACUAGGACUCAAGUUGAGAUGCUUAUAUGUUUAACACAACAAAAAUAUGUGUCACUUGGAACGAAAAGUGUACUUUCUUACGAAACGGCAUUACUAACAACAAUUUGGUGUCUUGCAAACCAAGAAAGUUUCCGAGGCAUUGCCGAUAGGUUUGGACUGGGAAAAGGAAAUUGUCAUGAAGUGGUUAUGAGGGUAAUGAAAAUCCUAUACAAUGAAAGAGGCAGGUUUAUACUUUGGCCAAACGAUUAUAAAAAAAAUGUAGACGAAUUUAACCAAUGUCGAGGGCAGAACAGUUUUCCUGGUGUGAUAGGAUGUGUAGAUGGAACACACAUUCCGAUACCUGGAUCAGGAAGUGAUAAUUCCUAUUACAACAGAAAAGGUUUUCAUUCUGUCAUCUUACAAGGUGUGUGCAAUGCCAAACUGCAAUUUAUGGAUAUAUUUUGUGGUUUCCCGGGAUCAUGCCAUGAUGCGAAUGUUUGGAAGCAGAGUCCAGUGUAUGAGUUAUUGAAAAGCUCUAAUAUACCUGCAGAUUUACAUCUAUUAGGUGAUUCCGCUUACCCUUUGGAUACAUUUUUAAUGUGCCCAUUUCGAGAUAAUGGCCAUUUAACUAAUGCACAAAAAAAAUUUAAUGUCACAUUAAGCUCGACCAGAGUUGUGAUAGAAAUGGCAUAUGGUCGUUUAAAACAGAAAUUUAGAAGAUUAAAAUAUUUACAAGUUGAGAAGGUAGAAUAUGCAAAAUACUACAUAAUGGCUGCCUGUGUUCUACAUAAUGUUUGCAUCGAUGAAGAUGAUAAUCAAGAUUCUUCAUGUAGUAAUGCCUCUGAAGAUAUAAAUGCAGGUAGUGUUGGAGAGGAACUAGUUAAUAGCGCAGCAAAAGAAAAGCGUUUAGAAAUUAUGCAAAACCUUCUGUAACACACUUACUUGUCUAUAUUAUUUUUAUUAAACUAUAUAUCAUAACAAAAAAUAUACUCUAUCAUAAAUAAAAAUAAAAUAUCAUU